AUGAAUCUACGAGCGCUUGUCAUGGCACUCCUCACUCUAGUUGCUUGUACUACGGCGACCGUCGACCAUGACAAGAUCGAGCCUUUUCCUCAACCCGAGCAAGUUACGAUCUCUGAAAAGGCCGCCAUCAAGUUCAAGCCACAACUGGGCUCUACGAAAAUCGUUUCGGAAAAAGUUUGCGUGCCGUAUCCUGCCGUAAAUGCUGCCGGUGAAGUCACCGGCGGACUCAAGGAGACGAAUGGGAAGUAUACGGUAGGUUUGAUUAUCCACAUUGCCGCGUGCAAGUAUGCUCCUAAGGGUUCACAGGUUUACGGUCGGGCACGGUGGCACAAGGACCUGUGGGCCAUUAUGUACACGUGGUAUUUCCCAAAGGGUUUUUGGAUGGGUUUCCCCACGAGACGCCAUGACUGGAAGAGCGUCGUCGUGUGGAUUGACAAUCCCUCCUUGGAGGAGCCUAAGAUUGUCGGAGUCUCCAUGUCUGAGUCCGACACGAAGUACAACAAGGAGACUAGAAUAUGGCCUUCCAAUUUUGUAGUUACGGAAAUGGAAGGAUCAAGAUCCCACCGCACAUACAUUAACGGCUCGAACACGUCUUUCCGAUUUCAGAACCAGAUGCCCAUGAGCUUGAAAUUAGCUCAGGACUUGAUCACGUGGGAGCAACUCACAGAUGCAGCCCGUGUUGCUCUAAACGAUAAUGCCAAGUUUGGGACAGCCGAGGUCCCAUUCAGUGACACACACUAUGAGGAUCACCUCGACAAUGCGUGGCCGCUCUAA